ACACAACGGAGGACGCCGGAUAUUUGGACGAAAUGGAAAACUCCUCACACAUGAAGGUGUUCGUCUCCAAGCUGCCGUUCAGGAUGCGUGAGUCCUGGAGGAUGAAAGUGUGCAGCAUCAGAGAGGAGCAAAAACGGAGAGUGAAAUUCAGAGACCUACUGGACUUCCUGGAAAGGCAAGUGAGAGCUGCAAUGGACCCCGUCUUCUGUGAAAUUCAAAAUACAAGAGCAAAAGCCACAACACCACCAACCCCCAAGUCAAUUGGAAAAGCCAAAGGCAGCAGCUUCGCCACCUCUGUUGCUCAGGUGCCACACCAGAGUGACACGCCCAACGUUGGAAAUGCAGGCAAAAUUCAGUGCUUGUUUUGCAAUGACGGCCACAUACUUGACAAGUGCACAACAUUCAAAAAGAAACCAAACAAAGACAAAAUUACGUUUUUACAGAGCAAAGGCGUGUGCUUUGGAUGCUUAGUACAAGGUCACUUAAGCAGGAACUGUCAAGAAAGGCUGACAUGCCGCACCUGCAGUAAGAAUCAUCCAACAGUUCUGCACAUCGAACCAAAACCUCAGAACACCCCAGCCGACCAUGAAACACAAACGGUCUCCAACGCACUUGUGUCCUUGGACUCUGAAGGUGAUACUGGGGUCGGUUCUAAAGAAUGCUCGCUGUCUGUUCUACCUGUCAAAGUCAGACUAAACAAAAGCACAAAAGUAAUCGAAACAUACGCUUUCUUGGACCCAGGCAGCUCAGCUACAUUCUGUACCGAGUCAUUAAUGACUCAGCUGAACGCACCUGGACAAAAAAUGGACAUACUGCUGAAGACGAUGGGGCAGGAGCAGUAUGUGAGUAGUCAUAAGAUCUCUGGCUUGGAAGUAGCUGCCUUAAAUGACAACAAAUUCUUGAGACUGCCAGAUGUGUACACUCAAAAGUCAAUCCCUGUCACGAAAGACAACAUACCCAAAGAAGAAGACCUUAAAAAAUGGCCUUACUUACAAGAAGUGGAACUGACGCCCAUCAAUGCAAGUAUUGGACUGCUGAUUGGUGCAAACGCACCUAAAGCACUGGAACCAUGGAAAAUAGUCAACAGUGAAGGUAAUGGACCCUACGCUGUCCAGACUCGUCUUGGAUGGGUCAUCAACGGCCCACUUGGACAAGAAGAUAGCGACGACAGCGAUACAGCUUCCGUACAGGUGAAUCGCAUCUCAUUAGGAAAAUUGGAAGAAAUGUUGAUUAAGCAGUAUAAUCAAGAUUUUGUCGAACAGCACUGUGACGAACACGCUGAAUUGUCUGUGGAGGACAAACAGUUAAUGGAAAUAAUGUCAAGCUCAGCAACACUUACCAAUGGUCAUUACUACCUGAAGCUGCCAUUCCGCGACUCCAAUGUAGUGAUGCCCAACAACAAACAAGUCGCCCAGCAGAGGGCGCAACAGCUGCUGAAAAGGUUCAAAAGGGACCAGUCAUUUUGUGAGGAAUACAAAGGAUUCAUGCAAGAUGUUAGCACAGAGGGAUACGCCGAGAUCAUACCUCAAGAUCAGCUGAGCCAUGAGGAAGGUAAAGUCUGGUUCUUGCCGCAUCACGGAGUCUACCACCCCCGCAAGAAAACAUUACGCGUGGUGUUCGACUGUGCCUCAUGUUUUGCUGGAACAUCCCUGAACAAACAGCUCCUCCAAGGCCCCGACCUGACAAACACCUUGUUAGGUGUGCUCACCCGCUUUCGUCAGGGUCCAAUGGCACUAAUGACUGACAUCAAAGGAAUGUUCCAUCAAGUCAGAGUGGCUGAGGAACACGCAAAUUACUUGCGCUUUCUGUGGUGGCCUAACGGCGACCUAACCAAAGACCUUGCUGAGCACAGAAUGUUAGUCCACAUCUUCGGAGCAGUGUCCUCCCCCAGCUGUGCUACAUACGCCCUGCUAAAAACUGCUGAGGAUAAUGCACAUCUGUAUCCAGAGGAGGCCAUUAGCACCAUCAGAAAGAAUUUCUAUGUCGAUGAUGCCCUCAAGUCAGUUCAUUCAGUCGAACAAGCCACCUCUCUCUACCAGCAACUCACCGAGGUAUGUGCUAAAGGAGGGUUCAAGCUCAAUAAGUGGAUAUGCAGUGACCGCUCUGUUCUCUCUGAGAUCCCCGAAGCAGAUUGAGCCAACACUUGACCUAAGCAGAGACCAGCUGCCUAUGGAAAGAGCCCUAGGCGUCCAGUGGGAUGUUGAACAAGACUCCUUCACCUUCAGCAUUCUGAACAAGCACAAGCCACUGACAAGACGUGGAAUACUGUCAAGUGUGAGCUCCAUUUACGACCCACUAGGGUUCUUAAGCCCGGUGAUACUCCCCGCAAAGCAGAUUCUGCAGCAGCUGUGGAAGUUGAAGCUGGCGUGGGAUGAGGCAAUACCACCAGAGAUGGCACAAACAUGGCAAAGGUGGGUGGAUGAUUUGAUUCUGUUACACUCAUUCAGUGUCAGAAGAUGCUUCACACCUAGUGAAUUUGGAAAUGUAGAAAUGGCACAGCUGCAUCACUUUUGUGAUGCCAGCGAAGUUGGAUUCGGUGCCGUAUCAUACUUACGGCUAACUAACAGCGAGAAGGAAGUGUGUGUUGCUUUUGUUAUAGGCAAAGCAAGGGUGGCUCCACUCAAGCACGUCACCAUACCUCGCCUGGAACUGGCUGCAGCAGUCGUUGCUGUGCGCCUGGACAAGAUGCUGUCAAAACAGUUGGAGCUCAACCUCAGUGAGUCAGUCUUUUGGUCCGACAGCAUGACCGUCCUAAAAUACAUCGCAAACACCACCACUCGCUUUAAGACCUAUGUAGCCAAUAGAGUUUCCAUCAUAAGUUCACUGUCUAAUGUCGGUCAGUGGAGACAUGUUGGCUCUAAGAUGAAUCCUGCAGACGCAGCUUCGCGAGGCAUGAAAGUUGGAGCCUUCCUGAAGUCCUCAACCUGGAUCACUGGUCCUGACUUUCUCGGAAAAACCGAGCGUGAGUGGCCAGCAAGCGUGGACAAAGCAUCGCUGCAUCCGGACGCUGACCCAGAAGUGAGAGAGGAGGUCCUUUCCUUCGCCGCACAGGCGGAAGAAGUAUGUCCCACCACUAAACUGUUGCUGCACUUCUCUAGCUGGACAAGGCUCAAGAGAGCCGUGGCAUGGAUUAUGAAACUGAAAGAAAAGCUAAGGCUAAAGAUAAAAGAAAAUGCACAAUGUGGAGAUCAAACUCCUGUCAAACAGGUAAAGAAAACAAACUACUUACCACUCACAGUCGAUGACCUGCUCUUAGCAGAGGAGGCAAUAGUGCGCUUUGUGCAAAAGAAACAUUACUCCAGCGAAUUGGCUGCACUGAAGUCAGGUGGUGUAAAGAAAUCCAGUCAACUGUACAAACUUGACCCCAUUGCCAUUGAUGAUGUAUUGAGAGUUGGUGGUAGGCUGAGCAGGUCCGCUCUACCUGUGGAAACAAAACACCCUGCAAUACUACCAAAAGAAAGUCACGUCUCAAAGCUCAUUCUUCAACAUGUACACAAUAAAGUUGGUCACAGGGGAAGAAAUCAUAUGCUCUCAACCCUACGACGACAGUACUGGAUUCCUCAUGCAAAUGCAGCAGCCAGAAAGAUCAUCAGUGAGUGUGUGAUAUGCCUAAAGCAGCGCCAAAGACCAGGUGAGCAGAAAAUGUCUGACCUGCCUGUUGACAGAGUCACAGCUGAUGCCCCACCAUUCACACAUGUGGGCCUAGAUUAUUUUGGGCCAAUAGAAGUUAAGAAAGGCAGAAGCCUAGUUAAAAGAUAUGGAGCACUUUUUACUUGCCUAACCUGUCGCGCAGUACACCUGGAGGUGGCGCAUUCCCUCAAUACAGAUUCCUGUAUAAACGCCAUCAGGAGGUUUAUCUGCCGCAGAGGCCAAGUCAAAGAAAUCCGGACGGAUAAUGGAACCAACUUCGUCAGCACAAACCGUGAGUUGAAACAAGCCAUUGCAGAGUUGAAUCACAGCAAAAUUCAGAAAAGCUUGAUGCAGGAUGGAAUUAAAUGGACAUUUAACCCCCCAUAUGGAGCCCACCAUGGUGGCGUAUGGGAACGCUUGGUGCAGGACGUAAAAAGAUUGCUGCGUUCUGUAACUAACCAACAAGCCCUAGACGAUGAAGCCCUGCAGACAGUCUUCUGUGAAGCGGAGGCCAUACUGAACGACCGUCCAAUCACCACCUCCUCUGGCGAUCCCAAUGACAUCGAGGCCUUGACUCCAAACCACCUUCUUCAGCUGAAAGGUAAACCCAUCUUGCCACCAGGUUUAUUCAAGAAGGAUGACCUGUACGCUCGGAGACGCUGGAGGCAAGUGCAAUACAUCGCCGACCUCUUCUGGAAGAGGUGGACGACCGAGUACCUCCCUCAACUGCAAGAGCGGCAGAAGUGGAACAAAGUUCACAGAAACUUCACAGUUGGUGACAUCGUGCUCGUGGUGGAAGAGUCCGCACCCAGAGGUGCGUGGCCCAUUGGGCGCAUCACCGACACCAUGGCAGACUCCAAAGGGUGCGUUCGACGGGUCCGUGUCAAGACACAGACCAACGAGUUGGAAAAGCCCAUCACCAAGAUCUGCCUCCUGGUGGGGGUAGUUUAAGGGGCAACAGUGAAUGUUCGCCUCCAACGGAGUCAUGUUCUUGAACCUCUGACUCUACACAUCUACAGAUGCUCACUUACUGAUUUAGUCCGUGAUGCAAUAGGCGUCACAACCUUUAUGCUGAAAACAUGCACACAGUCCAUAAGCACACAGAACACAUGCACACAGACCAUUGCAUACACUUGAAGCCUUUUUUUUCCCUUUCAAGAAGAAGAAUUUUUGUUGUUUACGGACCGAAAACCAUUCGUAAAUGCACUUGAGUAUGAACUUUAAUAACAAUGCAAAAAAAACCACAAAAAAGAAAAAAAAAAAAAAAGGAAAGCAAAUAGCAUUGAAUUGUAUGUAAGCUUACAUUUUUCACCGUACUUGUAAUGGCCAUUCACUUGUAUAUAUUGUAUAUAGAUUUAUAAUUACUUGUUGUUCAAGAAUUAGGGGCCGGAAUGUAAUGGCCGUUUCUGUUUUUUGUUAAGCUCACUUCGACCCGUGAUUUGUGUACGCCUACCUAGGCACAGGCGCAGGUGAUUUUAGGUCACGCCCACCGCUCUAGCAUAGUUGGAAAGUAAUGUCGGGCGGCGUGGCAUGGUUUGGGCAAGAUAAAAAGAUUUUACCACACACCUAAUACAAGCAUUUUGGAUUAUGGAAAUAGAAAACAUUUGUUAGAACUUCAUGCAAAGAAGACCAUUGGAAUAAACAGAACUCUAUUUUGGAAA